CUCGCAGUGGGAGUGUUCCCUGCCGAGUCCCCUCCUCCUCCCUGAUAGCAAGCAAGUGAUUUCUUUCUAUUCAAUUCUUCCAAAAAAAAGGAGGAAAAAACGGCUGCAUAGCCAGUACCGCUCCUGCGGCGCCGAAUCGCCAUCUUCGCCAACAUACCCGCAUUUGUGUCAGUGCCACAGCCCGAUGCAUCGCGGAAGCUGAGCACGUCCGCCGAGGAUCUGCCCGAUUAUACGGCAGGUGAAGAUAACAUUUUAUCUGCAUUUGAAUUUGCACGGUGAUACAGUAAAGGGCGGCACAAAAUCCGGUGCUACCCAGAAGAGCCAGGAAACGACUUCAUCAAACCUCCCCCCUCCCCUUCCACACUUCUCCUCCAAAGUCGUGUUUCUGCCUCUCGUCUGCUGGCUCCCCGGGACUCGGACCGUGCCGCUCCGUCGACCGCCUGCCCGGAGCGCCAUCCUCAGGGAACGUACAGGGAAGAGCCAUCUUCAGCGGCUGCGUGCCCCGGAACCCCACGGACCACUGGCACAGGAGCACUUUAGGACUUUUUAGCCAUGAGCGAGUUCUGGUUGUGCUUCAACUGCUGCAUCGCAGAGCAGCCUCAGCCGAAAAGGCGGAGGCGCAUCGACCGGAGCAUGAUUGGUGAGCCCACUAACUUCGUGCACACGGCACAUGUGGGAUCAGGAGACCUCUUCAGCGGCAUGAACUCUGUGAACUCGAUCCAGAACCAAAUGCAGUCGAAAGGCGGCUACGGCAGCGAGGCCAUGCCCGUCAGCGUCCAGAUGCAGCUGGUGGACACUAAGGCAGGAUAACUCGGAGAGCGCUGGUGCUACCUUCUAAUCAUCUUAUUUCGUCAUCCUUGCCCCCUUUCUCGUCCCUCUUGCCCUCGGCGGUCACACUUCACCAUCCCCCCUCCAGCUGCGAGACGAGAAUCGACACACCACGCCUCAACCAAACACACGUGCACACGCACAUGGACUGAUCCGCACUCCUCUGAAAAAUGGCCGCUCUCAGUGGCCGGGCGCAGCUCCAGGGCCCGAAACCAUGGCCUGCUUGCUCCUCCACACUGGUACCGGCCCGGCUCCACCCAAUCCAGCCCGUAUGCCCGCAUGGUCCUCAUCUCUGCAAGCGCAGAUGCUUUUUCUGUAAUUUGCCCUGAUCGUUAAUUUAUUUUAUUUUAAUUAUUAGCAGUGAUAACACUUGAAACUCCAGAACCGAAAAAUACAUUUUUUUAUUAUUUGACCUGUGGUAGAUGUUGAUCAUGGGCAUGAGCUGCAGCCUAGAGCUGACAGAUGCCUGUUGCUAGAGAAUAAAGCAUUUUUAUUUUAUUUUUUCGCACUUUUUUGUCUGACAAGAAGUAUAUUUCAGCUGUGGCAAAUUUUAUACUGCUCCAUAUGAAAAAUAGGUUACUUCGCUGUUAACUCUCUCAAAUCCUCAUUCAUAUUUUUUUUUUAAUAAUUGUAAAAAUAACUGAUGUUGAAAUGACAUAUCUGGCAUUUCACUCCACAUCCUGCUGUAAGUGUCUCCGUAAAAUCGAUCCCAGCGAUCCCAAGCUGUGAAUUGUGUACGCUGUGCAGUAACGUGUUAGACGUAGUUAGCAUGGUCGCUCCCUGUGCUGUUGUGGCAACGAUGCUCGCACGACGUUUCGUUUUAUCGGUAUUUCGCCAGACCCCAGCUCACAGUUCUCGCGGCGUGACCCCCAUGGCCGGGGGCAGGGUCUACCGAUUUUUGAACUUUUGCACAUUUUAUAACGAAGCCUUACGGCACAUGUCAUCUUUUCCUCUUUGAUGUACCCGGGGCCCCCUUACGACUGCUGGGCCGGCUCUGCUAGCUAUGUGAGGACACGUCAGUAUGUUUAUCGGCAACAAAAACAAGGUUACCUUUCUAUCAUUGCAUAUGGACAUUUUUUUUCUCAGGUCAAAAAACAUAUUUUCACCUACAUUAAAUGCAAGGUAUACAUGACAUAAUAUUGCACUGUUUUCUAAUACUGAAAUACAAAAAAGAACCAAGGAACGUUUAAAAAUAAUAAUACGAAUGAUAAAAGUUCAAAAAAUUGAACUCUUACUAUGGUAUUUUAAUGCUGGAACCUUUUAACAAGCUGUAAAGGAACCAUAAAGUUACUAUGUACAUACUAUUUGAAAACAUGUUCUGGAAAUAAAUAAAUAUAUAUUGGACAAAUUUUAAAAUAGUUUUCUAAUUCAGUUGAAUUGGUCACUGCAUCUGGGAUUCAGUGUUUCUCAGUAGCCAUGUCUAAAUAGUGUUCGCUUCAGUCGUGUUGAUCCACAGCUACACCCUAACUACACCACGCCUGCAGUGGCUGUUGUCACCCAUCAUCCUGUCAUCUUCCAUCUCAAGUGCUUAUGUUUGUAAAUACUGUACUACUUGUUUCUACAGCCUGGGGUAAAUUAUUUGCCUUUUUUAUUUUUAUUGUUAUUAUUUGCAGUUUGUAAGGGGGGAAAUGUAAUAUUUUCUACACUAUGGUGUAUUUCAGCUUAAGAGGACAGAAUUUGGCAAUAUUUAUUGUUUACCAGUGACAGAAGUGUUUCAGACAGAAACAGGAGGGAUGAAUGUGCCCUUCAACGGAGUCAUGUUGAGUCACAAGGAUAGUAACUGAUACUGGUAUGAAAAGCACAAAUGAACAAUACUGUUAGCAGUAUAAUUAAUAUUAAUCUAUAUAUACACCUGCAUACUUAAUGUAUAUCAACUAAAAACAUUGUAAUACUGUCAUAUCUUGCCACUAAUGAAUUUCAACAUCAGGGAAUUCACCCAUAUCAAUGAAGAUGUUUAUAGUAGUUAAUGUUCUGCAUAUCAGAGUUUUGUACUCCCUUACAUCCCAUUCAGUGUUUUGCUUGUAGAUUACCAAAUUCUGUUGAAAUAAAUAUUUUUUUUGAUGUUA